AUGUCACGAAAUCUCUCUCUGUUUGAGGAUUCGAGGGUUCCCCAAGAACUGCUGGACUACCGUUCUGCGAUGGAUGGAGAGCUAAAGAGAAACCCAUAUGAAGUGAGUUUGGCCAUAGAAAAAUUUGAAAAGGCAGCCAUAAACGCGGUCAAUCUACCAAGGCAAAACGUCAAAACGGAAUCAGUUAGUGAGGAGGACUAUACCAAAGCCGGCUUCCUCUUUCCCUCCGCCAAUCCAUUGUUGCGAGCCGAGGUGAAGCGACUGCAGGCAGUCUUCAACACUCUGUUGAAUGGUCUUGGGAGCCUUUGCCUACCCAAUGGAAAUGCAGCCCUGAGUCUGGACCAAUUGCCCGACUACACAAACUAUAUCAUGCGUUUGCAUGCAUCCACUGACAUCAUUUUCGAGGAAGUACGCAGACAGGCUCUUGCCAGAUCUCAGACGAAGUUUAAAGCCUUGACAAAAGUGAAGAACAUCUACCAGGAGAUGUUGAAGGCAGUAGCCGACUGUGUGACAGAAGAGUUGACGCAGUCCGAAAACCUCAUAACGCAAAUUUCACGUGCGGCCGAGGAGAAGAAGAGAACGCUAAAAGAGGAAGUUUUUGCGAACGAACUGGAGAACGACCACCUGGUUCACAUGCACUCGCUCUACCACGCUCGCGAGGAAAGAGUCAACGCUGAGACCCAGGCUUCAACGCGCAAACUGCAAAAGUGCGCCACGAAACUUCUUUUCAUGGCCGGACGUCUCUCAUCUGAAAAUUGUGUGACGUCCGUGAAGAAAGUCCUCAACACUCGACUGGUUUGGAGCUUUCGUUGGAAAGACCUUCAGUCCUUGGGCCACUCGCUUACCAGUCUGCAUCUGGCGAAACUGACCAUAGACACAGAAUCGAUUUUCGCAAUACUGGAACUGAUACACGUUCAAAUGGAAAAAAUAGGGAACUACAUACUAAACUCUGUUGCAGUGCUGAGGAAUCUGCAAAGAACUCAAGUGCGGUAG